AUGAACGGGGUUGACGUGACCUGGUCGUGUUUUGGUGCACUUGCUCUCCUUUGUCGUGGGACAGGGGGCAGUCCAUUUAACCACUCACUUUUGGAGGGCAGCAUUUUUUCUUACCCAGAAAACCUUUCCUCUGUGCGCUCACAUAACCAGACUUCUGGCUUCUUAUUGGACUUAGAUGAGGGUUUGCUGGAGGACUGGCGCACUCUGGCUUCUCGGACUCGCAGCGGGGAGUCGCAGGGGCGAUGGGUGAAAGCGCUGCUGGUGGCCGCGUACUCCAUCAUUAUCGUGGUGUCUCUGUUCGGGAACACGCUCGUGUGCCAUGUGGUGGUCAAAAACAAGCGCGCGCAAUCCUCCACCAGUCUCUUUAUUAUGAACCUGGCCGUGGCGGAUAUUUUCAUCACAGUGCUCAACACUCCUUUCACUCUGGUAAGACCCGAGACAUGUGACUCACGACAUUGA